AUGAGAGAGCUCGUCAACAUUCCACUGGUAUAUAUCCUGACUCUGGUUGCCUUCAGUGGGACGGAGAAGCUUCCCAAAGCACCUGUCAUCACCACUCCUCUUGAAACUGUGGAUGCCUUAGUUGAAGAAGUGGCUACUUUCAUGUGUGCAGUGGAAUCCUACCCCCAGCCUGAGAUUUCCUGGACUAGAAAUAAAAUUCUCAUUAAGCUCUUUGACACCCGGUACAGCAUUCGGGAGAAUGGGCAACUCCUCACCAUCCUAAGUGUGGAAGACAGUGAUGACGGCAUUUAUUGCUGCACAGCCAACAAUGGCGUGGGAGGAGCUGCGGAGAGCUGUGGAGCUCUGCAAGUGAAGAUGAAACCUAAAAUAACUCGUCCUCCCAUUAAUGUAAAAAUUAUAGAAGGAUUAAAGGCAGUUCUACCAUGUACCACAAUGGGCAACCCCAAACCCUCGGUGUCUUGGAUCAAAGGGGACAAUGCCCUCAGGGAAAAUUCCCGCAUUGCCGUCCUUGAAUCUGGAAGUUUACGGAUCCAUAAUGUCCAAAAAGAAGAUGCAGGACAGUAUCGAUGUGUGGCCAAAAACAGCCUCGGGACAGCAUAUUCCAAACUGGUGAAGCUGGAAGUGGAGGUUUUUGCCAGAAUCCUGCGGGCUCCUGAAUCUCACAAUGCCACCUUUGGCUCCCUUGUGACCCUGCGCUGUACAGCAACAGGCAUCCCCGUGCCCACCAUCACCUGGAUGGAAAACGGAAAUGCUGUUUCUUCUGGAUCCAUUCAAGAAAGUGUGAAAGAUCGAGUGAUUGACUCCAGACUGCAGCUGUUUAUCACCAAGCCAGGACUGUACACUUGUAUAGCUACCAACAGGCAUGGAGAGAAGCUUAGCACUGCAAAGGCAGCAGCCACCAUCAGUAUAGCAGAAUGGAGUAAACCACAGAAAGAUAACCAAGGCUACUGCGCCCAGUACAGAGGGGAGGUGUGUCAUGCAGUCCUGGCAAAAGAUGCACUUGUUUUUUUCAACACCUCCUACGCAGACCCUGAGGAAGCCCAAGAGCUACUGGUUCACACAGCCUGGAAUGAACUGAAAGCUGUGAGCCCACUCUGCCGGCCAGCUGCUGAGGCUCUGUUGUGUAACUACAUGUUCCAAGAGUGCAACCCCGGAAUUGUACCUACUCCUACCCCUAUAUGCAGAGAGUACUGUGUGGCCGUGAAGGAGCUUUUCUGUGCAAGAGAAUGGCCGGCGAUGGAAGAAAAGACCCUCGGAGGACUCUUCAGAUUUGGGAUGCAGUUGCUCCUGGAGCCAGAUUGCAGCAAGCUUCCCAGCAUGCACUGGGACCCCAAGGCCUGCACCCGACUGCCAUAUUUAGAUUAUAAAAAAGAAAACCUAACAACAUUCCCAUCCAUGACAUCCUCAAAGCCAAGUGUGGACAUUCCAAAUCUGCCUUCUUCCUCCUCCUCUUCCUUCUCUGCCUCACCUACCUACUCCAUGACUGUGAUCAUCUCCAUCAUGUCCAGCUUUGCCAUAUUUGGGCUUCUCACCAUAAGCACUCUCUAUUGCUGCAGAAGAAGAAAAGAAUGGAAGAAUAAAAAGAGGGAAUCAGCAGCAGUAACCCUUACCACACUGCCUUCUGAGCUCUUGCUAGACAGACUUCAUCCCAACCCCAUGUAUCAGAGGAUGCCACUCCUGCUGAAUCCAAAAUUACUCAGCCUGGAAUAUCCGAGGAACAACAUUGAAUAUGUGAGAGACAUCGGAGAGGGGGCAUUUGGAAGGGUCUUUCAAGCAAGGGCCCCAGGCUUACUUCCCUAUGAGCCUUUCACCAUGGUAGCAGUAAAGAUGCUCAAAGAAGAAGCCUCAGCAGACAUGCAGGCCGACUUUCAGAGGGAGGCUGCCCUCAUGGCGGAAUUUGACAACCCUAACAUUGUAAAACUCUUAGGUGUGUGCGCUGUGGGGAAGCCUAUGUGCCUGCUCUUUGAAUACAUGGCCUAUGGUGACCUCAACGAGUUUCUGCGCAGCAUGUCGCCUCACACGGUGUGCAGCCUCAGCCACAGCGACCUGGCCUCGAGAGCUCAGGUCUCCAGCCCGGGACCACCACCCCUUUCAUGUGCUGAGCAGCUCUGUAUCGCUAGGCAGGUGGCAGCUGGCAUGGCUUACCUCUCAGAGCGCAAGUUUGUCCACCGGGACUUGGCCACCAGGAACUGCCUGGUGGGUGAGAACAUGGUGGUGAAAAUUGCAGACUUCGGCCUCUCCAGGAACAUCUACUCCGCAGACUACUACAAAGCAAAUGAAAAUGACGCAAUUCCUAUCCGUUGGAUGCCUCCAGAGUCCAUUUUCUACAACCGCUACACGACUGAGUCUGAUGUGUGGGCCUACGGUGUGGUUCUCUGGGAGAUUUUCUCCUAUGGCCUGCAACCCUACUAUGGGAUGGCCCAUGAGGAGGUCAUUUACUACGUGCGAGAUGGCAACAUCCUCUCCUGCCCAGAGAACUGCCCCCUGGAGCUGUACAACCUGAUGCGUCUGUGUUGGAGCAGGCUCCCAUCUGACAGACCCAGUUUUGCUAGCAUUCACAGAAUUCUGGAGCGUAUGUGUGAGAGGGCAGAGGGCGCUGUGAGGGUCUAAGACCGAAUUAGUUAAAAUAA